UCUGUCAUGUGAUCAGCUGUGUCCAAUCACAGCUGAUCACUGAUGAUCAGUGUUCCCUGGUGAUCAGUGUAGCCCCAUGAGUGCCAUCUGUCAGUGUCCAUCAAUGCCACCUGUCAGUGCCACAUAUCACAUAUCAAUGCCACAUAUCAGUUCCUACCAGUGCACAUCAAUGCCACAUAACAGUGCCCAUCUGAGCUACCUUUCAGUGCCACCUAUCAGUGCCAGUCAGUGCUGCCUAUCAUGCUGCCAGUCAGUGCCACCUAUCAGUGUGCAACAGUACCGCCCAUUAGUGCCCGUCAGUGCUGCCUAUCAGUGCCGCCUAACACUGCCAGUCAGUGCCGCUUAUAAGUGCCAGUCAGUGCCGCCUAUCAGUGCCGCCUAUCAGUGCCACCUUUCAGUGACAUAUAUGAGUGCUGCCUUUCAGUGCCCAUCAGUGAUGCCUGUCAAUGCCCAUCAGUGCUACCUACCGUGCCUCCUCAUCAGUGCCCAUCAGUGCCGCCUAUCAGUGCCCAUCAGUGCAGCCUAUCAGUGCCCAUCACUGCAGCCUCAUUAGCGCACAUCAGUGAAGGAGAAAAAUCACUUAUUUACACAAUUUUAUAACAGUAACUAAGAAAAAAACUUUUUUAAAAAAAAAAUUUUCAGUUGUUUUUGUUUUUUUUUAGCAAAGAAUAA